AUGGAUUUGAUGUGGAUGUUCCCUCGAGAAGAGCGGCUCGGGGGUGUGCUCUUCGAUUAUCCGUCGUCGAUAGUCGCACUUGUGCUGCUCUAUCUCUGGUUUGUUCUACUGGCCGGUCCUAGGUGGAUGGCGAAUCGUGAGCCCUUGCGUCUGAAGACCGCAACCCGCUGCUUUAAUCUCUUCCAAGUGGUGGCCAACAUCUGGUACUCCUACACCACAACAUCCCUCGCCGUGCGGAACUACCACACCGGCCGUUUUUCCCUCGGAUGUAACCCGCCCAGCAUCGGAUUGGCUCCCCUGGCCGACCCCUGGGACAACUUUCUUAUUCUCAUCAUGUGCCAUGUGUACUUCAGGGUUCGGAUUCUGGAUUUUCUCGACACAGUGUUCUUCGUCCUGUCGAAAAAACAAUCGCACGUGUCGUUCCUUCACGUCUAUCACCACGUGGUGGUGGUCGUGACAGCCUACGUGUACCUCCGAUCUGGUUGGGCUCCUUGUAUAUACUAUGCGUCGCUUUUGAACUCCAUGGUCCACGUGGUGAUGUACUCGUAUUAUUUCCUCUCGACUUUCCCCAGCAUGAGACCGUACCUCUGGUGGAAGAAGUACCUCACGGUAGUGCAGAUAUCGCAGUUCGCGAUCCUUUUGCUGCAAAUUGUAUAUAUCUCAAUCUAUAAUUGUGGAUACCCUCCGAUAGUGUGCCAGUAUAAUAUCGCGCAAGUCUGCAUAUUUUUGGUGCUCUUCACGAACUUUUACGCCAGAAGCUACGGUCGCCAGAAGAGGAUCGACUGA